GUAAAAAUUUGACAGCCAAGAGUAUUAUUCAGAAAUUAUUGCGGACGGAGUAACCGACAAUAAUUUUUAUCGUGGAUCAUUUUUAAAUACUCCAGAAAUUGUAUUUUGUGGCAGCGAACAUCUAGUUUACACAAUGUUGAAUGUUUCGCUCAAGUUAGGUGGAGCAAUUUCGCGACAAAUUGCACGUCGUGCCUCCGUUUCCGCUAGUGUUGAACGGCAAGGUUUGGGUUCCGGCAAACAGUUUAAUAUCAAAGAUGAGGUUGUGGAUGGCAGGCCGCUCUAUCUGGAUGCACAGGCAACUACGUCACUCGAUCCUCGAGUUUUGGAUGCUAUGUUGCCUUAUCUAACCUGCUACUACGGCAAUCCACAUUCACGAACACACGCGUACGGUUGGGAAUCGGAGGAUGCAAUGGAAAAGUCUCGAACGCAGGUGGCCAGAUUGAUAGGAUCCGAUCCAAAAGAAAUUAUAUUUACUUCUGGUGCUACCGAGUCCAAUAACAUUUCCGUUAAGGGAGUCGCGAGGUUUUACGGCACAAAGAAAAAACACGUUAUUACGACUCAAACUGAGCACAAAUGUGUACUGGAUUCUUGCCGAGCUCUAGAAGCUGAAGGGUUUCGCGUGACUUAUCUGCCUGUACAGCAAAACGGGUUAAUUAAUUUGGAAGCUUUGGAUAAAGCUAUUACGCCGGAUACUUCAAUUGUUUCAAUUAUGACGGUGAACAACGAAAUUGGAGUGAAACAACCGAUAGCCGAAAUCGGAAAAUUAUGUAGAUCAAAAAGUGUGUUUUUCCAUACAGACGCAGCACAAGCAAUUGGAAAGAUUCCUAUCGACGUAAACAAAAUGAACAUUGAUCUUAUGUCAAUAUCGGGACAUAAAAUUUAUGGUCCGAAAGGAGUGGGUGCCUUGUACGUAAGGCGACGACCCCGCGUUCGAGUGGAAGCCAUACAAAGUGGCGGUGGUCAGGAGCGUGGUAUUAGAAGUGGUACCGUUCCAACUCCUCUCGUAGUAGGGCUUGGUGCCGCAUGUGAGAUCGCCAUGCGCGAAAUGGAAUACGACCACAAAUGGGUGGAGUUUCUUUCGCAGAGAUUGAUGGACAAACUAUUUUCAGCGUUGCCACAGGUGAUUCGUAACGGCGAUCCUGUACAAUCGUAUCCGGGUUGUAUCAAUCUUUCGUUUGCCUUUGUCGAGGGUGAAUCCCUGCUGAUGGCAUUGAAAGAUGUAGCGCUAUCGAGUGGAUCGGCGUGCACGUCUGCUUCUCUAGAGCCCUCUUACGUACUGCGUGCUAUCGGUGCAGACGAAGAUCUGGCGCACAGUUCAAUUCGUUUCGGAAUUGGUCGAUUUACAACGAUCGAAGAGAUCGACUACACAGCUGAAAAGUGUAUUAAACAUGUCACACGUUUGCGGGAAAUGUCUCCUCUGUGGGAAAUGGUGCAGGAAGGGAUAGACAUUAAAACGAUCCAGUGGUCUCAACAUUGAACUGGAUAUCGAAAUGGUAAAAUAGUUCAGGAGAGAGCUACAAUACGUUGAAGGGACUGACCGCUUCGUUUAUUAUUCUCGUUAGAAUUUUGCAUCAUUUCAGAUUGCAUGCAGCAAUAAAUAAGUUAUGUUUACCUACAAA